GUGUCAACGCUGCCCGCAAGCCGGACUGAACGUCACAUUCCUGCAUUCCCUUUUUCCUCAGUCCCCGGGACGUCGGAAUAAUAGCUACCACUAGAUAGCUAAUUCUCUUUCCCACUUUUCUUUUUGAGAAAACACACCCAUGACACGGCGGAUUUGAUCUCAGGAGGUGAUCCCGGGUUCACCAGGAGUCAGAAUCUCUCUUCGGGUCACUUUCCUCCUUCCCUUCCCCUCCACCCAUCACAGCGCUGGUUGUCAUGGAGAACUCUUCGGUGGCGUCAGCAUCGUCUGAGGCUGGGAGCACACGCUCACAGGAGAUAGAGGAGCUGGAGCGCUUCAUCGACAGCUAUGUGUUGGAGUACCAGGUGCAGGGUCUUCUGGGAGACAAGGCAGAUGGAGACUUGGACUUGGACAAUGGUGGCAAGGUGCCACAGUGGACAGAUGACUGUAACAACAAGAAAGAUGGCAGCUGGACGUCUUCACGGGGAAGAGGCUCAACCAAGCCAGAUGAGUGGGAGCACAGCAGUAACGGCAGUACAGGUUCCAGGCCCAGUUCAGGGUCGAGACCAGGUUCUGGCUCACGAUCCGGCAGCAGAGGCAGAAACAACCAGUUCACAGGACCUGCCAAGAACGGAAACAGAGAAGGCUCCCUGGACAUCCUGGGGACAGACAUAUGGGCUGCCAACACAAUGGACUCACGCGGAGGUGCAGGAUGGGACGUGCAGCCAGAGAAGCUGGACUUCAGCCAUUUCCACAGGAAACACUUCAGAGGAACGCCAAAGCACCUGCCACACAUUGACAGAGAGGGGAUGAAUAAAAACAAGUUUGAGGAAGAUGACGGCAUAGACAUGAAUGACAUUGAGAGGUUCCUACCCCAUCUGCGCUCUGUCUUCCCGCCCCUUCCUAAUGAGGCUGAGAUUGCUCACACCAAAAAGCUCUUCCGACGCAGGAGGAAUGACCGACGAGCGGUUGAUCAGUUCACCCGAGACCAGUUAACCAUACUUCUGCCUUCUGGCCCCGGGGGAAAGCGGCAAGUCUCAGCCAGGAGACAGCAGCGGCCUCAGGGAGGAGGAGGAGGAGGAGGAGGAGGAGGCGGUGGAGGAGGCGGCGGUGGCGGCGGAGGAGGAGGAAAGAACCAACCUGUGAUACAACAACAGUCACCACAGCACCAGAGGGAUCAAACCCAACAACAAUCUCCAAACCAACAGCAGCAGAAUAUAACAGAACUGGGAGAUAGCAGAAACAGUAGUGCUGGUCGGCCGCCACGCCAGUAUCAAGGAGGACAGGUGCAGCGCCAAGGAGGACUCCCACACCACGGCUACAGCCAGAACAGACGUUGGCACCACAAUCAGAAAGGUCAGGGGCAUGGACAGACAAAUGUUACAGGGGAUAAAGGAGUACCCCCAAGAACAACCAAAGACAAACAGACUGAGAAUGUAAAACUGGGUGACGAGCAGAUCAGCGCUUCUCAAGACUAUAGCAGUAAGAGUCGCAAUGAGUCACCCAGACCUGAGUCAACACCCAAUACGAAUGCUUUCCCACAUCUGACAGUUAGAAAGGAAUCUCCCAACCCACCAGGAAGUGAAAAGGCAAGAGAGGGCCCGUCGGAGCAGCCCAAAAUCGACUUGCUGCAGUCGUCAAAGGAGAGGCUGAGGAGGAGACUAAAGGACAAGGAAGAGUCACGUGUGGAGGCAUCGGGCUCCGGAUCGCAGGGCAUGGACCGGCUGGUGGUCCUUCUCAACAGCAUGAGGAGUAACAGCAGGGGCGUGGAGCAGCAGCUGGCCUCCUUCAUGGAGGAGGCGCAGUGCUCGGCACGGUCCGAGGAGACCCUGGCUCAGGUGGUCGACACGAUCUACUCCAAGGCCGUGUCAGACAGGAGCUUCGCCGCUACAGCCGCCAAGCUCUGUGACAAGAUGGCGCUGUUCAUGGUGGAGGGGACCAAAUUCAGAUCACUGCUCCUCAACAUGUUGCAGAGAGACUUCGCCCGUCGAGAGGAGCUCCAGCAGUUAGAUGUGGAGAGUUGGUUAGGCUUCAUCACCUUCUUGUGUGAGGUGUUUGGCACUAUGAGGAGCAGCUCCGCGGACCCAUUCAGAGUGCUGGUGUGUCCAAUCUACACCUGCCUACGAGAGCUGCUGGAGUCCACAGAUGUUAAGGAAGACGCAGUGCUGUGCUGUUCAAUGGAGUUGCAGAGCAUGGGGCAUCUCCUGGAGGAGCAGCUGCCGGAGAUGAUGACGGAGCUCCUAGCAGCCGUCAGGGACAAGAUGCUCAGUCCGGCCGAAUCUCAACUGACCCGCUCUCUCCUCAUGGAGGUCAUCGAGCUGCAUGCACACCACUGGAGCCCUCUGGAGGCUCUCACCACCCAAUACUACAACCGUACCAUCCAGAAGCUCACCACCACUGCCUAGGUGCCAGCUCCCACAGGAGGAGGAGAGCAGACGAGCCCCCCGCCCCCGACGCCCCGCGGAAACAUUGGGCAUCAAUUUGCUCUUCUAGUUUUACCAAAACACAGGAUUUUAACAAUAAGGUCACUCUUACCUAAAUAAAGACAUGCUUUACGUUAAUUGUACAUUUCGCUAAUUUCUCCAACAUUGGUGACCACUGCCACAAACAAAUCUUACACUAUCCACCAAACUGGUAGCCCAGAGCCAAUAAGGCAACACUACAUGUGGCGUCCAAACAAUGAAAAGCAACGUAUGUAUGGCCAGUAGGGGCAUGCUCGGCACACACAGUCCGCUUGCCUGGCUGUUGCCGCUGAAGGAUAAAGGAGGGAGCAGACAAGAGAGGGGUCACACAGGGGAGAGGAGGAGAGGGCAGCAGCCUGCCCGUAGGGAAUAAAGAGAUUCGUACCAAAAGAUGAAUGGAGGGGGAGGUCAGGGUAGUCCGUGUCAGUCUCUUCAUUGUGUUCAUUUGCCCACCACCCUCCCCUUCUCUCUGUCUCUUUCUCCUCCCCCUCCUCUGUCUCUCCGUCAGCCCCUGGGGUCUGUGUGGCUGAUAAAAGAGAGAGGAGGAGGAGGAGGAGGAGGCGGCAGGGAGUACACACGGUGCUGUCUGUCUGGGCCGUCUGCCCCGCCGGGCCAGGGACCAGGUCAAAGGGCCUCGCUGUGGAGCUCCCCAGCUCCCACAGCUCCUCCCCGCCUUUGUCUCCCCAACUCCACACCCCCCAGCAGGAAGCCUUUUUGUGGGGAUGAGACAGCGGGCCUGCUGGGCCUGGCUGGGCUGAGGAUAAGGAUCAGGCUGGCUAGAGCAGGGUGGCAGAUGGCUGCUUGAGCCCAUGUGAGACGACACACCCCUCUGGCACCCCAGCUCCCUGCUCCCCGAGCUCGACCUGGUGUCGCCAAUAGAAGCAGUUUAUAUUGCAGUUGGGGGGGGGGGGGCAGCAUUAGAAAAGCAUUAAAACAAAACACUGCUGUCUGAUAAUUAUUUUGUUUUGUCCUACAGGGGAAGGUCUCUUCCCCUCUGUUUAGCCGUGCAUGUACACGCUUUGUUAACUACAUCUUUGAUAUUAUAUUAUUUUUUUAAUCAUUUAGUGUUUUUACUGUCUGUUUAUUUUGAAGUCUUGUUUUUAUGAUGAAAUGUAUGUAUGUAUGAGGAUUUAGUGGUAGGCCUUAUUGCACAGGUUUGAUUUGUUUUGCACUGUUUUGCUUUAAAAUUCAAAAAGGUUUUAAUUUGAAUCUGUGCUUGUGGAUUAAUAUUGAAAAUCUCAGUAGUGAAACAAAUGGGUUGAGCAUAGUGAGGGAUUUUAGGAUGUUUUAAUGGACUAGUGGCCUUGUCGUUUAUCCAUCUUUAUAGGAGCUCCCUUGUUCCGGGGCCUGCGGGGCCUGUGGCAGCAGAGGGCAUGCUGAGGACUGAACAGUUGGACUUAUUCACAUCCUUCUGUUGCUGAAGAAAAAACACAUUUGAAGAGAAAAAAAACAGCAUGGCACAGAGAGAAACAGAAGUGAAAUGCUUCUUUAAAAAAAAGAAGAAAGAAUCUCCUACUCAAGCCAUUCUUUGCAGUGGACAUUUUGCAAGUGUUUAAUAUCGACUGUAUUUGCUUAGUUUUUUGAGGAAAAUUACUAUUAACCUGUGUAUUUGACGAUGAGGAAAAGAAGAAAUCUUGUUGUAUGACCUCAUUAGCUAGUCAUAUGUGACCCUUAUUCCAGCUAUCGUGUGUACUAUGAUAUCGACGUACCAUGCCAAUCAUGUACCAUUUGUAAAUGGGCUCUAUAUUUAAUCUGCAUAUGGUAUAUUUACAAGUAUUUAAAACCAUUGGGGUAGAGGAGGAUAGUGCAACAGAGAUGUUACACACAGGAAGACUGUUGCUGUGUGGCUAGAGUUUGGCCUUCUCAUGCAUUUCUAUCAGGAACUAGCUCUUUGUUUUGGGAGUAGUCACACACACACACACACACAUACAUGCACAUAUGCACAUGCAUACAUAUACUUAGUUUUAAGUUUGGUUUUUUUUAUAUUAUUUUCUCUGUCUUGCAUCAAGAAUUAAGAUCCUGUGUGGUAGAAACACACCCCAGAAGGUAAGUUGGAUGAGAAAGGUGGUUUAACGCUCACAAAUGUUUUUGGAGGUGCAGCCUGAUCAUCUGUAAGUGUGCGUCUGCUUAAGAAGUUAUUUGUGUUAUUGUUUUUUUUGUUGUCUUUCAUUUGUUUCUAGGUUUCUAUUUAAAUUAUAUUUAGCUCAUUUAUAUAUUUCCCAUCUGGUGGGUUUUUAAGACAUCCGAAACAGUUGUGAUACCUAGCUUGCUGUGUAAGUGUGGUAUUACUGUGUUUUAGUUUAUGAUAAAAACAAUAACCCAUUGGUGAGUUUCCAUUAUGCAAAGAGCGACUGGCUCUCACAGCAGAUGGGGGCAGGUGGGGAUCACCCCCCCCUUGUCUGUGGCACUGGAGCCUCUCCACCCCGCGUGCCCUUAGACCCCUGUGCUCGGGUCACAUGACUCACUCGACAACUGAAUGAGACACUCCUUCAUUUGCAUAUUCUCAUGAAUAUUGAAAAGCUGUAGAUUGGCAAUAGUGGGUCAUCUUGUGAGCUCUUGUUUGUUUUGUUUUUCUAAGCAACUGAAAAAUAAACUAACAGGGAACAAAUGUGAAGAUACAA